CUUAAAUGUUUAAACAUGGACGUCAAAGUAGGCAAGUGAAACCUUCUGCAGGUGCACAUUUAUCCUUUUCAAAAUGGGAGAUGGAAUUGAAGUAAAGAGAUGUGGAGUGAAAUUUUCCCCUCCAGCUUUAGUAUUAAACUACCUCAUCAAAUCCUCAGGCAAGAUGCACCGUAGAACAAUGCCUCUUCGGAAUUUCAAUAAGAAUUCUAGUGUGGAUGCCACUGUAGAUGAGUUAUUGACAAAUCCAAGACAUGCUAAGUUUGUGAAAUGCAUGCCCAAGUUUCAGCUCUACAGACUCGUGGCCAUUAUCAGGGACAAACUAAGUGGAAUGUCACUAGAAGAGAGUUUAGCAAAGAAUGAUGAGAUUGACAAGCUAGAUCCAGAGGAAGAUCUAAAUAAAGUGGAUGAUGAAACACUCAGAAGGAAGAAGUCUUUAAUGGAUGACACUUUUGAAAAGCAUGUGAAGAAGCCAGGUGAUCCGGACUUUCAGUAUGAUGUACAGGUGGAUUUUGAUGAAGUGGAGGCUUGUGAGUGGGAUUCAGAAGAGUCUGAUCAGGAGUUCUAGGAUUGGGAGUCAUAGGAUUAGGAUUGAUUUCUCAUUAUAAACUACUAUGAUCAGAGUAUCUUAGUCUAAAAAUAGAAGGAUAUAUUCAGGCCUAGUGUUUAUAUUUGGAUUUUUUUGGUAACUAUACAGUUUCAGAUUGAUAUUAAAAUAUAAUGUGUUUACUUAUAAUCAGCUGGUACACAAAGAAAAUUUCUUUUUCAUAAUCAUGAGAAUAUUUAUAGCUUUAAUCAAAGAGUAAACAAUCUUAAUUGAUGGGUUACAUGUAGCAAGAAUUGAAAAAUGAAAAUGGGAGGGGGGAUCUAUAGGGUUUUUCUGUCUUUGACAAUAAUAACCAUAUCAACAAAAGUUAUAAAAAAAAAAAAAGACAAGAUGGUGCUUUAUACAGGUAUUAGGUAGUUGUUUAUGCUUUUAUAGAUAUUAAAGGAGUAGAUGUAAAAUUAAUAUAUUACAGUUAUUACCUUUAUACCACAAUGUAUUCAGUGUAUCCAAUAGGUGUUCCUUUUGAUUAGUGCUGAAUAACUCCUAAUUUGAAUGUGAUAAUAUGAACGUUUAUACCUUUUAUAAAGUGUGAAUAUUGUUAUUGUUUAACUUGUACAUCGAGAAAUAAUGAUACAGUGUUAAUUUUAUUUUUUUUUAAAAUACUAACCUUUAAGUCAACCUGUUUAAAAUGAAUCUCAAGCACAGGCCUCUUACAAUUACGAGUUUUGAUUUACUCCCAUAGAGCCAUCUUUAUCAUUUAAAAAUACGUUUAUUUAAACUACACAAUGUCAUUUUUUGCCUCAUAAAGUUCAGUUAUUGUUGAACGAUCUCGAACAGAUUUUUGUCACUCAUUACAAAUGGUACAUCAUGAUAUAUAUGUAAAGCAAGGAAAAUGUGAUAGAUUCUACUCAAAAAGAAUUCAUUUUAUGUUUAAAUAAUAUAUAUUAUUUAUAUACAACAACUAUUAUGUCGCAUAAAACUGUGUGUCAUAUUA